AAACACAACAAGACGAUUGCAGUGUACGAAGUCGUACAUCAACGUACGGUAAUAUGUUUACCACAGUGGCUGCCAGCUACACAACACCACCACUGAGGGAACCAAGUUUUAUAUAGCACUCUGCGGGCGGCCACACUCACCACUGAGGAAUUUUAGAUGCAGGCGUUUGGAUGGAAAAGAAAGAAGUCUGGGUUAUCCAAACCUCGACCUGCUGCCUUCUCUGGAGACAAUGCUGAAAGUAAAGACGAUACUAAGGAUCCUGAUGUUGACUGGUUGACAGCAACAAAACGGUCCAAGGGGUUGCAGUUAGAGGACGUCAAGACGAAGGCUCGGAGACUCAGCAACGAGGGAGUAACACUUGCUGAGGCUGAGCGCUGGUGGGCAGCCAUUGGCAGGUGGAACGCUGCGCUGGCUCUUACACCAGAUGAUCACACCAUCCACGAGAUGAUGUCACAAGCUUAUAUACAAGUGGGUGAGGUGUUUCCUGCUCUAAGGUCAGCAGAAGAAGCUGUGAGACUCUCACAAAACUGGUGGGUAGGCUUGCAGACACUGGGAAGAGCACAGCUGGGCUUAGGUGAAGUUGCCACAGCAGUCAAGACUUUUUCUAGAGCUGUCCACAUUCGUCCUGACCAGCAGGAGCUGUGGCGCGAAGAUCUGCAGUGGGCUGUUGGUCUUCUGAAGAAGUAUAAAGAAAUUGAAGCAGAAAGAGAGAAGUUGAAGGCUGCAGCAAAAGAGAGUGGAGCAACAAUUACAGAGCUUCCUCUGCCAUCCAUUGAGGGAUCCAUCAGGGAAAAAUCUAUUCAACUGUAUCAGCUUCAGAAGCAACGAGAGGCAGCUGCGUCGGGAGAUCCAACAAUUCUUGAGAGAGGAAAGAAUAUUGAUUUGUCAAAGAUGGUGAGGAUGAGAGUGACUUAAAUCUGUAAGCGCCAGUCUCCUUAGCGAGAGAGGCAUGGAAGUUUGGCCACAAUUUUGAUAGGGUUACGAGGCCAAAGAGGAAUAUUAAAAAAUUAUGAUGUGAAUAUCAGAGCUUGGAUUGUUACGUGUGCACUGAGACCCAUUUACCUUCCCAUACUCCAGGUAUCUAUUCAGUAUAUAUACACUUCUCCAAGUUUGCAACCUACUUAAGACUGGUGUGUGUAUUGUUGCUACAUAAAACAUUGCCUACCUUAAGUAUGUUAAUACUGAUAGCAUAAAUGUGUGGUUAGGAGUGAUAACCCAUUAAUAUGUGACCCAUGGAUGCAAAAUGUGCUGGAACAAAGAAGUUUUCAAGAUCUGACUGAACCAACACCUGCAAAAAAGUGCCAGAUCAGCCAGACUGUGUAGGCCUCUGGGCUGCUGCCAGCAACAGCCUGGUUUACGAGACUGUUGUGAAGAAAAGACGCAUUGCACACCAAGUUUUUUGGGGAUAAAUGUUCACUGUUAUCUCUUUAUCAAAUCAUACAAUGACUUGAUAAAGCUCUAAGUAGAGCAAAACUUUGUCCCAAUAAAGCUUUGUAUAACAGUGUAUCUUUUCAGCAGUAGACCAUUGGGAUCCAGCUCACCAGGCUGUACCUGCACUCUGGCUGGCCUUUAAGAGUACAAGUGCUCCUCAGGUUAUGAUGGGGUUACAUUCCAACAAACCCAUCGUAAUUUGAAAAUUUUGCAAGUCGAACAUGAAAUGCUAAAUAAGUAAAUAAAUAACUACUGUCACUGAAUAAGUAAAUGAACAAAUAAUUACUGUAACUAAAUAUCAGUAUUGAAAAGUAAAUAAGUGAAUACAAGUUAUAGAUUUGCCUCCUUCAUGCUGGGUAAUUAUCUGUUUCAUCUCCAAAGUAAUUGCUUUCGCACCAUCGUAGUCAAAAUAUGGUAAGUCAAGGAGCACCUGAACGGUGUAUUAUCUCGGGGAGACCUCUCACAGGUCUGACUGAAGCUGUGCCUUCAACAAUUGCCAAAAAAUAUAUAUAAUAUAUGUAUUCUCAUUUAAUGUUUCCUAUAUUAUGUUGUUACAAUAGCAACUUUUGUUUUAAUAUAACUAUACACAUAGUUAAAUAAAUCUUCUUUGUAAAUCAUUGAUUAUAAGAAGAGUUAGGUAUGCUAGAGGAAAAUAACUAUUAUCUAUAACAUUGAUAACAAUUACUCUUGAAAUUAUAAAAAAAGGUUAUAUGUGCUGGGCAACACCUAUAUGUGUCAGUUUUUGCUUUAUUUCUCAGAAUAACAAAUAAUUUAUGUAUUUUGUGCAGCAUUAAACUUUGAGGAAGAUAUACAUACAAGUUCCUCUGCUUAUAUUUCAUAAUUUACACAAAUGUUCUUUUUCAUUUGUAGAGGAAAAUGAUUUAUGUAUAAAAAUAAUGUCAUAAUUAUGGGACAAUGUAAUAAUGUGUUGAAUAAUAUUUGUACAUAACUCAUAUUACUCCAAGUUAUUACUUCUGUGUACUCUAUUAUUAUUCAGAAAUUUCUAUUUAUUAAUUAUUUUCAAUAUUAACUAUUUCUAACAUUAAAUUUCUAUAUAGUGACAAACUAGGAAUGUAAAACACAAGUGGUAGACGUUUCUCCCUAUGUUGGGUUAUACAUUGUUCCUACAAAUUCACAGGCUGUGUUCCUAGAGGUCUCUGAAAACUAAAAAUUGUCAUUUAUACAAAAUUAAACAGGUAUAAAAAAAUUCCUUUUGGUUUUGGGCUCAUUUUGUGCUUCAGAAACCAUAUGUCUCUAAUAUAUCACUCUAAUCAGAUUACAAUCAACUUCAUAAAAAUAUUGACUUAGGGAGUUAGGAUACAGUAUUCCUCCCCGUAUCUGCAGGGUAUAAAAGUUGUUUUUUUAUUUACAUACGGUAGUUCGUUUAGUUUAAUAUCUUUAUUAUUCACCCCAUGCCCAUCCUGUGGGCAGUAGUCAAAAGAUUACAGAGGUACAUAAUUGGUCCAGGGACUGGACUCCAAAGUUUUAAUAGCUGAACAAGUUACAAAGGUAAUGAAUUAGAUCUGGUCACAAUCAUGACAAGUUACAAAGGUAAUGAGCUCCAGGUAGAGCUGGUCACACUCAUGACAAGUUACAAAGGUAAUGAACCAUAAAUAAGUCCAUACAUGGUUACAGUCAUGAACAAAUUACAGAGUAAUGAGCAAUUAACAAAUAUUCUGGGGAAUGCAUCAUUGCCCCAACAACAGAUGUUGCUAGGUGCCUGUCCCUCCUUGGCAGGACAGCCAGACAGCCAUUGCAAACAGCAGCAAGUUGCGCCAGGAUCUGCUGCUUGCAGGACCACCAAUAACCCUCCCCAAAAGGUCAGUGACUCCACUAGCAGCUUGAGGGAGAGCUGCCCUGGGGAUGUGUCAGCGUCCUGGUGGACGCCAGUUUGAUUGCAGAUCCCAGGCCCUCUGUAAAGGUGAAGGUGGGUGGGGCUGUUGGUUGUUCCCUCCUGGAGCCCUCCGGGUGCCCAGACAUCCACCGUGGGCACAGAUGUUGAAGCUUGAGGAACUGAGUGCACAUUGCCUGUGGCACACCUGACAGAUGCCUCACGGUCGAACUCCACAGCGCUGUCUCUGCAGUGGAAGUUCCCGUGAGCCCGGCACACCCUGUGCCAUUGCUGACAUCGUGGGCUGGGAGGGGAAAAGUACCCUCUACAGUUGGGGUAGUGCUGGGAGUUGGGUGGGUGAGGCAGGGGAGUUGUAUGGUUGAGGUGCAGGGGUGAGGGGUUAUGAGAGGGUCACUGUUUCCUACACACAGGGCAAGCCUGGGGAAGGGGGUUGAGGGGCACUUCCCUAUACACUGACUGCGCACUGUUGUUCACACUGUCCUGCCUACAACAAACACAACAUUUAUUUGUUUCCCAUGCAUAUUAUGAAAGAUUUGGGCAUGUGACUCCCCAAAACCAGUGUUCCCUUUAUCUUCACCCACACACCCCACCCCCUCCCCCUGGUGGUGUGGGGGAAGAGGCACUGACUGGUCCCGACCUGGGCAUUCUCAACACCACACCCAACCCUCACAAACUGUACAACACUUCCACUACGCUGAAACGAUGCACUGGGAUGUCCUCUCGCUUCUCUGGACUUUUCCCAAAGCACUCACACUGAGUCCUGUUCAGUUGUAAUCUGGUCAGCCUCUUUGAUCAGGAGCUAUCCUUGAAAAUCCCGCAGACAGCCCGCCACACGCCUUGCUGCGUCGGCCAUGCCGAGCUUUUUGUUACAUACAGUAGACCGUCAUUUAACACGGUAGUUAAGUUCCUGAAAAUGGCGUGUUAGGUAAAAAAACCGUGUUAGAUGAACUGAAGAACUUACGGGAAAAAUAGGGUUACGUUCCUGGGAGCUCCAAAAAAGUCAAACAAUUUUUUUUUUAGGCAUCCACAUCUUACAAAAAUAAAAGUGAAUAUGGAAUUGUAGUUCAUUGUUGUGAUGUAUUAUGUUGUUUUUACAGGUUAAGACUACAACUGUAAGAGAAAUAAUAGUAUUUCUUACCUUAAAUUGUGGGUGCUGGUGUUUGUGUAUGAUUGUGAUUAGAGUGGAGAGUUAUGCUGUGGCCCUACUGGGCUGAGGUGGAUGGUAGAGGUUCUGGUACUGAAGUUGCUGGUUGUACUGGAGUGUCUAACUUUAAGUCAUUCAGUCAAGUCAGUCAGUUAGUCAAGUCAUUCAGUCAAGUCAGUAAGUCAUUCAGUCAAGUCAGUGAGUAAUUCAGCCAAGUCAGUAAGUCAUUCAAUCAAGUCAGUAAGUCAUUCAGUUGAGUCAGUAAGUCAAUAAGUCAAUCAGUCAAGUCAGUAAGCCAUUCAGUCAAGUCAGUAAGUCAUUCAGUAAGUCAUUCACACAAACUCAUGUUUACCUCUUUUUAUGCAUACAAAGUAACACUUCAUUAAGGUUAUCUUUUGUCUAAUAUCUUUGCUUCCUUCGUUAAUUCUAAGACUUAAAUGCUUAUACCUUUUCUUGCCACUUUCAGCAACACUGGUAUGCCUACUGGGUGUCUUGAGUGCUUGGCAGAUAGAAGAUAUAGUAAUUAAAAGAUCAAAACACAAUUCACAAGCACAGCUAGCUUGUAGCAGAGAAAGACUGGACAUGUAUGAAAAUACAAAUGGUGGGGUGGUGUCAGGGAUGUUGGCAGGGGAUGGCAGGAGGUCUCCCUGGCUGAUCCACAACAAGGCGGCAGCUUGAGGAAAAGGGAAUUUUUUUUUUCCUUCCCGAACCUGUGUUAAAUUAAUUUUACAAUGUGUUACAUAAAAUUGUGCCACAAUUCUUCAUUCGUGCUAUACACAAAUUGUGCCAAAUAAACUCAUGCUAAAUGAUGGUCUACUGUACAUAUAUAAGUCAUUUUUUAUUUACAUACAUACCUAUGGUAAAGCUAAAUUGAUAAAUUAUGCACAAUAAGACAAGAGUUAGCAUUUUGUCACUGAUGGGAAGCACUGCACAGCUUCUGUUAGUCUUUGAAGAACUGCCAGUAUCACUACUUUUGCACUCUGGGGCCAUUAUUAAGCAAAAUUAAGGGUUACUUUUGGACCACAGUAAACAGCGGAUAACUGAAACUAUUAUUAUUUUUUAUUAUCACACCGGCCGAUUCCCACCAAGGCAGGGUGGCCCGAAAAAGAAAAACUUUCACCAUCAUUCACUCCAUCACUGUCUUGCCAGAAGGGUGCUUUACACUACAGUUUUUAAACUGCAACAUUAACACCCCUCCUUCAGAGUGCAGGCACUGUACUUCCCAUCUCCAGGACUCAAGUCCGGCCUGCCGGUUUCCCUGAAUCCCUUCAUAAAUGUUACUUUGCUCACACUCCAACAGCACGUCAAGUAUUAAAAACCAUUUGUCUCCAUUCACU